AUGGGAAAGCGGAAAGCAGCGGACGGUGACGGCGACUGUGAUGGAAGUGAUCGUAAGAACAGAUUCAAAUGCGGCUUCUGCGGGAGCGAGUUCAGAUCGGAGAAGGCGCUGCAUGGUCAUAUGAGGUCUCAUCCUGAGCGGAAUUGGAGGGGAAUGAAUCCGCCAGUUUCCGCCGCUGCUGUUACUGCUACCGGAAGCUUCUCGUCGUCCUCCUCCUCUUCUGGCGGCGUUGAUCAUGAGGUUCGCGAUCGGGAUUGUUAUAGUCCGUUAUUAACCUGGUCUACCACCGCCUGUAGAGGACGGAGGCCUAUUGGCUCCAGCAGCUCUGCUUCUUCUGGUGUUGUUGAUGCCACUGACACUGGGAAAGAGAACACGGACGCGCUUUUGAGGAACGAAUAUCCGUGCGAUUUCUGCGGCGAAGCGUUUGCGUCUCCACAGGCAUUGGGAGACCACAAGUCUAGCUGCCCCUGCAAACCUACAGAAAAUGGACCACAAGAAACUAAGCUACUCGGCUUUGAUCUCAACGAGCUGCCUCCAGAGGACGGUGAAGCAUGA